UUUAAAAGAAUUGUAUGAAAAAAUGUUUUUUUUAAUAAUUUUUUUGCUAUUGUAAUAGACAUUACCUCAAAAUGACCACAAAUGAAGGAGACUCAAGUUUUGUGGAUUUAAAUCUGUUUUCAAAUGAUAGCAAUGCUGCAGAUGUAACAGAACCAUUAAUGAGCGAGCUGUUUGAAGAUUGUGAAGAAGUUAUCAAUGACAGUGAAUUUCUAGAAAAUAAAUCAGUUUGUAACUGUUCAUCUAGCAUUUAUCACAACUUUCCCAUAACACUUGAGCAUCUGGAAAAUCUGCAACAUAUUUAUAAAGGACAAAGAAACAAGAAUAGAAAAGCCAGAUUGUUUUAUCGGAAACAAGAUGAACUUAUUGAAACAUUUAAAGAUGUUAAUCAGUUUUCGGAUUCAUUUGAAUAUGAGCAAAGUGUAGAUUCCAAUGUGCUUUAUGCUGCAAAGCUUUCAUUUGCAUGUAAUCUGGUUUUAUUUAUAGCGAAAGUUGUUGCAACAGUAAUGUCUGGAUCCAUGUCCAUAUUAUCUAGCGUGGUGGAUAGUGCUGUUGAUCUUGUUUCAGGUGUCAUUGUUUGGUGUACAAAUCGUGCAAUCCGACUAACAAAUAUAUACAAUUAUCCUCUUGGUAGAAAUAGAUUGGAACCAGUCGCAAUCUUACUGCUGUCAUCGAUCAUGGGAAGUGCGUCUGUAUUGGUAGUACGUGAAUCGACUGAAAAAAUUAUAUCUGGAAAUAUAUCUAUUGACUUAUCAGUAGUAUCCAUCAGUAUUGUUGUAUUUACCGUUGUUGUGAAAUUUGGUUUAUAUCUCUACUGUCGUUCUUUGAAGUCUCCCUCCACGCAAGUGUUGGCACUUGACCAUCGGAAUGAUGUUCUGUCGAAUUCGUUGGCAUUGGUGUUCAGUGCAAUUGGUUCUUAUGAAUGGCAGUAUACAGAUCCAAUUGGAGCAAUACUUAUAAGUAUUUACAUCUUCGUAAAUUGGUGGCGUGAAGGAGCAAAACAAAUACGAAGCUUGGUAGGGCACACAGCACCGUCGUGGUUUCUGCAAAUCAUCACUUGGAUUUGUCUUCAACAUUCGCCUCAUAUAAUAGCAGUUGAUACAGUGAAAGCUGCUAGUAUCGGAGUCAACUAUCUUGUGGAGGUGCAUAUCGUUUUACCGCGUCAUAUGUCGCUCGAUAAAGCGCACGAUAUUGGCGAAUCACUGCAAUUAAAAAUUGAAAACGUCGAUCGUGUCGAGAGAGCUUUUGUUCAUCUUGAUUAUGAAUGUCUCCAUGAUCCUGCGAAAGAACACAAACCUAUUCAUAUCUUCAGAUCACAAAGUUCGAAAGACAAUGACGCAACUAAGACUCAACCUAUUGAAGUUAAGACGUAAUAUGUUGUUUUUGUGGAUUGAGUUAGAAGGAAAAAGAGAAAACAUUCGUUUCACUCGCUAUGGUGGUAACGCACAGACAAGCAAUCCUAAUCGCUUAGGUCACGUGAUCUGUUGUUGUUUUUGUCAGCCUUUUAAAUAGAAGACAUCCUCCUCAUUAAAGUUGGAAUUGAUAAAAUAUUUUAGAUCUUAUUGUAUAAAUUUCCUGUUCUUUAGCGUUUUCUUAAGUGGUCUGGAGAAGCGGGAAAAGACAAGAAAUUCUUAAAAAAUUCUUUCGUUGUCGAGAAAUAUUGAAGGAUUAGGUUUUGCAUUGCUGAUUAUUAUGCCGCUUAAAUACGAUAAGUAAGUAAAGAAUAUUUUAACUAGAAACGGAUUUCAGGAGAUUUAAUUUUGCUGAGUAUAAAAGGCUGUUGAAGAAAAUUAAAAGCUGUUAAGAAGAGAUUAAAAUUUUUAGACUUCGUUAGCCUUCGUUCAGAAUAAAUAACUUUUUUAAACUAGCAGUUUCUUUAAAAGAAGCUGUUGAAGAAAACUGAACGCUGUAAGUUUAUGGUAAAUGACUUUUUUAAACUGGCAUCAUCAUUUGGUAUAUUCUUAAAGAUGGUGACUUGAAACCAUUUUAUUGAUAUGCAUUGUUCUCUUUGUCAUUAAAAUUUCAUGCCUCUUUACAUGCCGACGUCUUCGUUGCGAUUUAGAAUACAUUGGACUCUCUCAGUUUCUCCAACUUAAAAUUUUCCUUGCCCCUUGUAAGUUUAAGAUAGAGAAAGUCCGCCGUAAUGCGAAAGCUUUUUUGCACUUUCAGAUUUGUCAGUUAAAUUAUUUAGAAGCAAUAAUAUAUUAAAUAGAAAGAUAUGUUUGUAUAUACAUAUAUAAUAUAGCGUAAGUUGUAACACA